AUGGAACCUGGAGCUGAAGACGCAGACAACAAUGACAACGUGGUGCCUUGGUCAGGCUCAGAUGGCUCCCAGGAACUUUGCGAGUCCUACAAUGAAGACGACGCCAGUGAUUUAGAUUACCCUUUAGACCACGUACAUGCUCACAUCACCAGGUCUGACCCCGAGUCCCCAGAACACCACGAGUCACAAGACUGGGAGUCUGCAGGUGAGCAACACUCCCUACAUGAACUCAGCGGAAGUGAGGAGGAUGUUUCAUACCAAGAGGAAGAUGACAUCUACCUUAGUGGAUCAAGAGAGUCCAUUACAGAGUCUCCUCACAUUCAACCCUCUCCAACAUCACUGUCCCCGCAUCCAGAGCGCCCCGACUCGGAGCCUCACGCCGGCCAGAUAUCGCGGCCUCGUUCCCAGUCAUCUUCCUCCUCUCUGGGCUGUGCAGCUGAUAUGACCCUGGCCUUGACCCUGACCGCUGAGCAGCCCCUGGGGGCCAGUAAUAGGCAGGGCCCAGGGACUGGGAACAGGAGGGUUGAAUCUUCAGAGGAAGGAGGGAGCAGUGAAGCACCUCCUGCUUCUGUCUUCUUUGGAAUUUCAGACGAGGCUGCUGAGCAGGCAGAGAAGUGGAACUCUGAGUCUGACACAGAUCUGUGCAGACCGGACGGGCAGAGGGCAAGGUCCACACGGCUCAGUCACAACGAGAGCCAAUCAGAGAGACACGCCAAGGAGACCAAGUCCAAAUGUAAUCGAAUUGCUCGGCUUCUAACGAACGCACCCAACCCUCAGAAUAAGGGAGCCUUGCUGUUUAACAAACGCCGCCAGAGGGUCAAGAAGUAUACACUUGUGAGUUACGGGACUGGUGAGAACAAGUUUGACAGCGAAGACCAAAUAGAGGAGGAAUCUGAAGAAGUCACAUCCGCUGGUUAUAACUUUGCAGCAACAAGUGAAUCCGAGUUAGAGGAGGAGUAUUCUGUUUACCACCAGCAGCAUAAUUUAAGUCUGAAUUGGGGAAGUGUUCGAGAAAUGGAGGCACUACCGGAUACUAAAGGAAAGGGCGUUAUGAUGUUUGCCCAACGCCGCAAACGGAUGGAUGAAAUUGCGUCAGAGCAUGAAGAACUGAGGAAUAGAGGAUUACACGUGGAGACGUUAACAGAACACGAACGUACAGAAGCAGAGAAUAUUUAUGACGAUGAGGAAAUUUACCUGCAAACUGAUCAGGCCGACUACAUGGAUGAAAAUCUCAAGCAGCACUUAGAAUACCAAGAAAGUAGUCAACAGAUGAACCACCUAUCCAACGUGCCAAGACCCUUGGUGCCAAACAGAACUGCAAAGCCUUUCCUAGGAUUUCACACCAGCACAACUUCUGCUCCUGUCAUGCCUGGUGGCCCCGUUCCAGUUCCAGUGUCAAAGAAGCAUGAACCGAGAUUUAGAGUACCCGUGCCCAUUAACACUAACCCGCAGGUUUGGUCCCCAACCGGAGACAUCAUAGCCUCAAGAGACGAGAGAAUAUCUGUGCCGGCAAUAAAGACCGGCAUCCUGCCAGAGUCUAAAAGGAAGGCCGCUAAUAAACAGCCAUCAAUGAAAGUGCAAGGAUCAGAUCUUCAUAUUCAAAAUAAAGGGGAAAGGAGGUCUUUUAUUGAGUCAGAGGAAGACUUUUUCAGUCUAGGCGCUGAAGCUUGUAACUUCAUGCAACCCAGAACAAUAAAACUCAAGAAUCCCCCUCCAGUUGCCCCAAAACCUUUCAUCAACCCAUCUUGCCCACCAUGGAUGAGGAGGAGCCCCUCUGCCGAGCCCUUUAUUCCACCAAGAAGUCCUGUUUCACAACCUUCACACAGCCCUGUGGGGCCUCAUAGUCAGCAUUAUUUACAGCAGCAGGAUUGGGCUCAGUCUCAACAGAUGGCCAACCACUGGGCACCGGAUCAAACCCAGGCAACUCUUCAAACACCUGCCAGUGGCUGGGCUCCAGUCAACUCCUCUUCUCAGCUUCAUCUUCAGCCAACCACAAAUAGCUGGAGUCAACAGCCGUCACGAUCCCCUGUGAGUAUGCAGACCCGCAGUCCUACUUACAGUCCACAUCAGCCACCUUCACCCUCAAGGAAUAAGUUAGACAGCGCUCCACAGUCAGUCGCCUCUUGCCCACCACGAGCAGGGAAGUCGUACGUCCAGGCGUCAAAAGCACCACAGACUUCUCCUCAGGGUCGAGUCUCACAGAGAGGUACUAAUCAGACUGGUGAUGGUCCAACAAUGGCGGGAAAAGGUGCAGCGCUGUUUGCCAGGAGACAGUCCCGUAUGGAGAAGUUUGUGGUCGACGCUGACACGGUGCAAGCUAACAGGCCGAGAUCCCCCUCCCCAACCUCAUCACUCCCAAACUCAUGGAGGGAUUUGGUCGAAGCCGCUCCCUCAGUCUGCCCAAGCGGCUGAAUUCGAUGCCAUCUCCCAGACUGCUGUCACCUAUGAGCACACCUGGGAUCCAGUCGUCAUUUUUACCCACACAGAGGCAAAUGUCCUUCCAAGAAAAAGUCUACAAGCCUCUGUCACCGUGGGAGGCGGCGUCCAGGAGCCCCAUUGGUGCAGUGGAUGACGCCUUUGUGUUUCAGAGCCUCCC